AUCAUUUGUUUUGGUAGCUGAAUAAAUGAUUUAAUUUCCUUUGAAUAUUUGGUCAUUUCUACGGUCAGAAAACUCCGUUUGAAUAUGAUUUAGUUUGUUUACCAAAGUAAUCGAUUACUUUCUGCAAGUUAUUCACCUCAAACGACGUUUGAGACAACACUAGAUAGAUAAACUCGCUUGUGCGAACGUACAUGGAAACUUCCACGAACAUAACCAAAAGGAAAGAAAUGGAGAGAUCGCCAGAUGGACAAUUAAUCACAAAAGAUGGUGUGAUUGUGGGUACUCUUCUUCAGAAUGUAACUGUGGGGGUGAAAUACUGCAAUGGGUGAUGAAAAUGUGGUGAGCACGGACAACAGUUCCCAGCUCAGGCUUACGCUUCGAACAUCACUGCUGCAUAACAUUUUGGACACAUGGAGGAGAGACUCAUUUUCUCAGUAUCCUCAAAACCGUGUCUUUUGACAACUGCUGACAGCUACAGGGACAUAAACACAAAAAUGCUGCUUGGAGGCAAGUGUCCACGAUAGUAGGAUUGUCAGUUGAGUAGUGAGCUUGUGCUAGAUGUGGCUAGUUAGCUAGCUAGCUAGUUGGCCUAGCCAAUGAGGUGUUUGUGUGAAAGAAAGUCAAAUUAUGCUAGUUACUACCCCUGAUAACUUUACCAAAUAAUCAUGUUUGAAAGAGUGUGAGUGUGUAUGCUAGAUUAAUAGAAAUGGUAGAUGUAGUGUCUUAACACUUAGUACUUAUUUAUGUAAUAAGAAAGACUCUGAAUACAAGCAAUUGAACUGGAGCUUCACAUUUACUCAAACAGGUUAGUACCAACCAGAAUAACAGAACAAUACUGCGCAUGACCAAGGGCGCUUCAUCCUUAAAGGGGACAUCAGUAAUUAACAGAACAUAACAGUAGAUACUACUGUACCCCUGAUAAUUUGGUCAGAUAACCGUGUGUGUGUCUGUACAGUAGGUGACAUGUCUAUGAUAGCUAUCUAAUAACUAUAGUUAUGCUAGGUAAUGGUUUGGCUUAUCAUGUUCAUGUCUAUGUAGAAGAAGACUGUAGGAGGAAGUGGAGAGGACUCAGGGACAGGUAUCAGAGAGAGAGAAGGGCAGAGAAAGAUAAGAGGUCUUGGUCAGCAGCUUCAGGCCAGCAGCCGUGGCGCUUCUGCCACUUUCUUUUCUGGAUCCAUUUAUUGUGCCUAGGGCAACGAGUGGAAAUUUUACAGCCAGACCCUCUACUACGUCAUCCACAAGUGUUGUCGCCACCGGUGCAUUUUUAAAAAUGUAUUUCACUUUUAUUUAACUAGGCAAGUCAGUUAAGAACACCUGUUCUGCCUGUUCAGGGGCAGAAUGACAGAUUUGUACCUUGUCAGCUCAGGGGUUUGAACUUGCAACCUUCUGGUUACUAGUCCAAUGCUCUAACUACUAGGCUACCCUGCCGCAUCAAGACUAAAGGUCGACCGAUUAUGAUUUUUCAACGCUGAUACAGAUUGUUGGACGACCAUAAAAGCCGAUACCGAUUAAUCGGCCUAUUUAUUUAUUUAUAGUAAUGACAAUUACAACAAUACUGAAUGAACACUUAUUUUAACUUAAUAUAAUACAUCAAUAAAGUCAAUUUAGCCAAGUAAAUAAUGAAACAUGUUCAAUUUGGUUUAAAUAAUGGACACUUGCCUUGGAGAAGAAAGUAAAAGUGCAAUAUGUUCCAUGUAAAAUAUGUGCCAUGUAAGAAAGUUAACGUUUCAGUUCCUUGCUCAAGAACGUGAGAACAUAUGAAAGCUGGUGGUUCCUUUUAAACAUAAAUCGUCAAUAUUCCCAGGUAAGAAGUUUUAGGUUGUAGUUAUUAUUGGAAUUAUUAUAGGACCAUUUCCCUCUACCAUUUGUAUUUCAUUAACCUUUGAUUAUUGGAUGUUCUUAUAGGCACUUUAGUAUUGCCAGUGUAGCAGUAUAAUAUAAUAAUAAUAUAUGCCAUUUAGCAGACGCUUUUAUCCAAAGUGACUUACAGCCAUGUGUGCAUACAUUCUACGUAUGGGUGGUCCCGGGAAUCGAACCCACUACCCUGGCGUUACAAGCGCCAUGCUCUACCAACUGAGCUACAGAACCACCAGCUUCCGUCCCUCUCCUCGCCCCUACCUGGGCUCGAACCAGGAACACAUCGACAACAGCCACACUCGAAGCAGCGUUCCCAUCGCUCCACUCCACUCUGCUGGCUGAGGAUUGAUGAUAAAAACGUUUGACAUGUUUCUGUGGAUAUUAUGGAUAUAAUUUGGAAUUUUUGUCUGCGUUGUCGUGACCGCUCUUUCCAGUGGAUUCUUGGGCAUAACGCACCAAACUAACGGAGGUAUUUGGAUAUAAAAAACAUCUUUAUGGAACAGAAGGAACAUUUGUUGUCUAACUGGGAGUCUCUUGAGUGAAAACAUCCGAAGAUCAAAGAGUCGGAAGAGGUUGCCUGGGCUUGCUCGCACUUCAUGAACUCUUCAUUUGGUUUUGCUGCGCUGCCUACGCUGAAAUUGAAAUGAUUUAUUGGAUGCAAGCGGCAGUCAGGCUGCCUCGCAAAGGAUUGGUGCUCUGUCUGUUCCUGGCACUCCAUUUGGCUGUCUCCAAGGUGGAUAAUAGAGUUCUUGUUGUUGGUUCAACGGACCCUGUUCGUGGCAUAGUUGGCAGGGAUGUCAUCUUGCCUUGUUUCCUGAGACCUACCACGAGUGCUGUUGAAGAGUCCGUAGAGUGGCAGAGACCAGUUCUAGAGCCAAAAGAGGUGCAUUUGUACCGAGACCGUAGUGAUGACAAUGUGAUCCAGUAUCCAUCCUACAGUGUUAGGACGUCACUGUUCAGGGAAGAACUGAAGAACGGCAACGUCUCACUAAAGCUGACCAAUGUGAAACUCUCUGAUGCUGGAAAUUACACCUGUUACAUACCAACGUUAGGCCACCAGAAAACCACCAUUGAACUCUAUGUCGGCGAGGAUGGGACUCCUUCAUCCUCCCUCCAACCCACCCAACCACUCCUGAAAGACCAAUCAGGGAAAGUCAGGGGUGCAGCCCCUCGGCCAUGGCUUUCCAUUGUGAGAACCAAAGACAAGGAAGUGGUCCUGAAGUGUGAGGCUGAAGGGUUAGUCUACAAGCCUGAGUUGGUGUUGCUGAACAGUAAGGGAACCCUCCUCCCUGCUGAUGAACCUACAGAGAGACCCAUGGACUCCGAGGGCUUGUACACAGUGACACGCUAUUUCACUGUCCAGAAGACUGCCACCAAUGUGUUCACCUGUCGAGUUCAACAGCUGGAGAUCAAACACAUGAGGGAGACACAGAUUCAUGUUCCAGACAAAAUAUUUCAAGAGGAAUACCCCUUGGGAUGGAAAGUUGGAAUUGGAUUUCUAGGAGCUGUUGUAGGAGGUGUUGUAGGAGCUGUUGUAGUUUUUCUGUUCAUGCGGAGAAACGCGGAAGAAACCAAUAGUGGGCAUGCAGCGGGAUGUAACAGGAAUGCUGUCCCCCUGGUUCCUCUUCUCCAUAACUUCAAUGUAAAUGGCCUUCCUAAUGGUGUGCGUGUGUCACAACCUGGAGAAUGGGACAGCCAACAUAUCCUUGAUUGAUUCCACCAGCCACCCUCGGCGACGUAAUUGAGAGAGACACUUAUCACCUACAGUGAAGCCGCUCAACAUUUACCGUACA